AUGGUCUCUCCUUCCAAAACUAUGGAGAAACUACUUCAGCGUGAAAUGAAACGGUAUUUUGACAAUGGCGAAAGAGACUUAAAUCCUUUUCACAUUCACCGCAUGAUUCUUGCCAGCCAACAUGAAAAUUGGCGUUUUUACAUUAGAGAUUUAAUACUUGGUUUGAAAGAACAAGUGAGUAGAUGGUGCAGAGACCUCUUUCAACAGGUCUACUAAUAUUCAAUGUAUUUUAGUCGGACCUUGUCACUUUGACACAAGUAAGAAGCCAACAGGAACGCUUGAGCCCUCCGGACGAUUUUGUAGUUAAGUUCAUCGAUCGCCAAAAGCUCAAGAAAAUUGAAGAUCAGGUUCUCGAUCUCAUCACAGUAUUUGAGUCAUCUCAAAACACACUUUUGAGGUUGCAACGCCAAUACAAGAUCCACUGCGUUCCCGAAAGGUGUUUGGAAUGUAUAUGCUCGAUGGUAAUUGAGGAGUUUGAAGAACAGAUAUGUGAAAUUAGAGAGAACCUGAAGAAAGUAGAAGUUCUCCACCAGCGAGUCCAAGGAACUGCUCAUCUGGUAAUUUGACCUUUCUCGAACAGGACUUGGACAAAACAGUUAACAAAAAGUAGCUGUCAGAUAUCCUCGAUUAUGAGAAUUCGCAAGCUCUGCAUGGCUUGGUCCAAGAAUCAAAAGACGAAAACAACAAGAUGAGGCUGUUAACUGUAAGUGGAACUCGUCACAUCAACCCUCAUACUCAUACUCAUACUCAUACAUGAACUGAUACUCGCUCAGGAAAGAAGCGCUCAAGAUGCUGCAGGUGAGAAAGCUUGUUUGCAAUGAACUUUAUUUGAUCUAAAAGAUUACAGCUAUGAAGAUUCUAACUGUCAUUACCCUAAUAUAUUUGCCGAUAUCAGUAGUUCGGGUAAGCUAGAUCGUUGUCUUCUGUCUUCAGCGCUAACUAUAAGAGAAUUUCUUUUCGACGCAACUGGUACAAGUCGAUGAUCAAGGAUGUCUGUCUAUCAUCUCUCAAGCGUGGUUGCUCGUAACAAUAUCUGUACCACUCACUAUAGUGACUGUGAUUAUAUGGAAAGGAUGCUCAUUAUAUGCAAUGAAAAAUCAGAAAGAAAUGAGAGAAAGAGAUUAAAGCAUUCUACCAGGCAGAUUUUUCCGAAAGUUCUGGGCCUGGAUUUCUUGUCACUUGCACUGGCCUUGGGAAAUCAAUCCUAAAAAAGCCAGUGCAAAUGGCCCAUUUCAUCACGAUAUGGAGUCGGUGGCUGUUGAUACAACCAUGGAAAGGGCUCGGCAUAUUUUUGAACUUCAGCAAGGCGGUAGAGGGCAUGGAAAUAACCAUACGUCAGAUCUUACACCGAAAAAUCCUACUCAAGAUUGCCCGCAAGCCCCGAUGUAAGAAUGAUAUCUGGUUGGACAAUGGGUCCAAGGAAUAUAGUCGCCUAGCAGGCGAGCGUUCCAAUCAAAGCUUAUCCGGGUUUAUUUCUGAUGCACACCUUUAUGCUAAUAGUGUUUUAUGGUGCCACCAAAUCCACAUUUCCCUUUCCACACAAUAAUAGUGUGCACUUUUAUACCCCCCACACUAAUCUUCCACAAGGCUGGUUCUUGAAUGAGGCUCUGACCGUGAAUGCGCGCCUUGGGUGAAAGCCUUAUAAACUUGUCCGUCGCCGGGCGUUACUGCGGAGGUAGAUCUUAGACAUGCAAAAUCUUACCAGCCAAUACAAACGCGUACUAUCCUAAUCAUCUGCCCCUUAUCCUAAUUUGAUCUCUGGCACAGAAACAAUUGGCAGUCUCCAACUGGCACUUAGUGGACUUUCGAUAUGAGUGAAAAGUUCCACCUCUUGGAAGGUCUUGCCAAUGGACACAAGCUAAGAAAGCUGAUUCUAGGAUUCCAAGUUGAGUCGCCUAGGGGCUCGGAUGAUUAUUUUAUUCCAGAUAACUUGAUCAACGCCCUUGAGCAUGACGUUAUUGUGGCUCACUUGAAAAAAGAACAUUCCGACCUGGCCAGAGAUAACGAAAAGUGUCAUUAUUAUGCCAGAAAAAUUUGCGCUUCCAAGAAAAGGCUCUUCAUCCUCCUGGUUGGUUUUAAAUUGAACGUGGAUUGGGAAAAAGCCAAAACGAUCCUCUUACACGAAGCAUUCCACGACAAAGAGCUUCCUUUCUGCCGGGGAUACAUCCGAGGAAAUUCAUACGUUCUCUGCAAUCGGGACCACAAGGGCUACGUACAAAAAAGUCAUGAGAAUUGCGGGCUGCCACUGUUGCAGAAUUGGGAAGCACACGACGUUCAAACUCUUCAGCGUGACCAAUGGUCGGUUCAAGCGCCGCGAUUCAUGAGUUUCCAUGGAGAAAUACCUCAUCUGGCUCUCCCAGACCGUGUUAUUAUGCCAUUUAUUGAAAAUAACGAGAAAGAUGAGAAGGAGGGUGGGGGCUAUGGGGAAGUAUGGAGUGUGCGAAUCCAUCCUUCCCAUCAAAACUUGAUCCGUUCAAACAACGAUCAGGUAUUUCAGAUCAUUCUCUUAGAAAACGGAUUGAUGUGUUGACACUGCUCAGGAGCCAAAGCUCGCCAUUAAAAGAUUGUUCAAAGACGUGGAUUUCAAUCAGGAAAAUCGAAUACUCCAAGCACUCACAACAAAACACCAUCCGCAUCUAAUGGGAUUACUUGCCACAUACAGCCUAGGAAACAAAUACCAUUCUGUCUUCCCAUAUGCCAAAGCGAACCUUCGGCAAUUCUGGAACUCUAUAGAUAUGUCAGACCUAAAUGGAGAAUUCUUGCUUUGGGUUAUUGAUCAAAUCGAAGGUUUGGCAUCUGCUUUAGCUGCUAUUCACAUCUUCGAACCAAAGAAGACUACGAGUUCAGCGCGGAACCAAGUUGCCACAUUGAAUAUCAGCAAUCUACGAAAUCCGACACUUCCAAGUAAUUUCGUUGACAUACCCACUGACGAGACCUUUGGAAGACAUGGCGACAUCAAACCAGAAAACAUAUUACUUGUCGAUGAAUCAGAAGGAAGUGGUACAGAGGGCAUUCUGCAGAUUGCAGAUUUUGGAUUAGGCCGCUUUCAUCGUAUCGAGUCUCGGUCUCUACAGAAUCCAGUUGGCAUGCGCGGUUCGGCAACUUACUCGCCUCCUAAACUUGUUACUGGGAUUUUAGUAUCCAGAGCUUACGACAUUUGGAGUUUGGGAUGUACCUUUCCUGAGUUCGUUACUUGGCUAUGUACGGGUAAGGAUGGUCUAAAAAGCCUUUCCGAUAAAAGAAUGGUGAAAGGCGCUUAUGGGUGGGAUGAUGAUUAUUAUUACACUGACAACGGAGGACCACGUGGAGUCGCUGAUAGUGCUCCAGUGCGUGCAAGUGUCAAAGACUGGAUUUACGGUCUUCCUCAAAACGACCGCUGCUCCAGAUGCCUUUCUGAAAUUCUAGAUAUAAUCGAGAAUCGGAUGAUUGUGAUCGACCCCAAAUCUCGGAUCAGCGCAGAGGGACUGAAACCGAAUUGCAUUCAAUUUUGAUUGCGGCCGGACAAAACGAAUCAUAUUUGUUGAAGAAGUAGCCCCCACUCAGCGUAAAGCUGUGAAGACAGAAGGAAUAUUGCGUGAUUAAGUUUGGAGAGAUGAGGACUUUAUGCUUCUGGUCCGAGGUUCAUUUUGGAUUUACUGUUUAUAUUGUUAUUAUUUGUAUUUUGGGUGUGUGGAGCUGAGGCGAAUGGAAGGGUAGGUCUUACAAGGGGAGUUUGGGUGUCUAUUGAACAAACGGAC